UCCUUCUAUUUGUGUUGGUAUAAUCGCUAUCGCUCAGAACUCCCUGUCCCCCACGAAACCACCCUCCUCGUCUUCGGUUCGUCCGCCCGCAUCUUUGCGAAAAGCCUCGGCAAAGUGCGAACCCCGUUGUUUUCCCUCUUCCUUCCUUCUUGUUCCAUGCACAUGUACUAAUUAAUCUUCUCCCUCUCUCUGGAAAACCUCCAUGGCCUUGCCUGUACUAUAUACUCUAUUAUUCACAUUCUCCCGCUUUCGCCAAUAAGCUAGAGAUCUCAGCUUGGUUCUUGUCCUUAUCGCUCUGUAAAUGGCAAAUACAUCUGGUUUAUUCUCGCCCACAGUUCCGAGCCUGAGAAAGAGAAUUCCUCCGUCUAUUGGCGUUUAUCGCUUUUCGUUUUGCCCUUCUGAGCGAUUCUCCAAAAGGAUAUUCUGCUCUAGCAUUAUUGAAGGUCCAGAGAAGCUCGGUUCUGGUGUUUCCCCUUCUGAAUCUCGAGUUCCCAAGCUUGUCAGUAGAGGCUGCAAACUGGUUGGAUGUGGCUCUGCAGUUCCAAAGCUUCAAGUGUCCAAUGAUGAUCUAGCAAAAAUUGUUGAUACUUCAGACGAAUGGAUAUCUGUUCGAACUGGGAUUCGUAAUCGACGUGUUCUAACAGGCAAAGAUAAUUUGACAACCCUGGCUAUAGAGGCAUCCAGAAAAGCACUUCAGAUGGCAGAGGUUGAUCCUGAUGAGGUAGACCUAGUCUUAUUGUGUACAUCAACUCCAGAGGAUCUGUUUGGCAGUGCUCCUCAGAUUCAAAAGGCACUUGGCUGCAAAAGUAAUCCACUGGCUUAUGAUAUUACAGCAGCCUGUAGUGGGUUUGUGUUGGGUCUAGUUUCUGCUGCCUGUUAUAUUAGGGGAGGUGGCUUCAAUAAUGUUCUUGUUAUUGGUGCUGAUGCUCUUUCUCGUUAUGUUGAUUGGACUGAUAGAGGGACCUGUAUUCUCUUUGGGGAUGCUGCUGGUGCAAUAGUAGUACAGGCCUGUGAUAGUGAGGAGGAUGGUUUAUUUGGUUUUGACUUGCAUAGUGAUGGUGACGGCCAAAGGCACUUAAAUGCCACCAUUCAAGAAAAUGAAAUUGAUCAAGCUUUGGGUUCUAACGGUUCAGUGUUAGGCUUUCCUCCCGUACCCCCCUCUUAUUCCUGCAUCCAGAUGAAUGGUAAGGAAGUCUUUCGCUUUGCUGUUCGGUGUGUCCCACAGUCGAUAGAAUCUGCCCUCGAAAAGGCUGGUCUUGCAACGUCUAGCAUUGAUUGGCUACUGCUGCAUCAGGCAAACCAAAGGAUCAUCGAUGCAGUUGCAACGCGAUUAGAAGUCCCACCUGAGCGGGUCAUAUCAAAUUUGGCAAACUAUGGCAACACAAGUGCAGCAUCGAUUCCAUUGGCAUUGGAUGAAGCGGUGCGAGGAGGGAAGGUGCAACCGGGCCAUACUAUUGCAGCUGCAGGUUUCGGGGCUGGUCUGACUUGGGGUUCUGCCAUUAUUAGAUGGGGAUGAAAUCCCCACCUCUUCCAGCACUAGUAAGUACAGAAGAAGCAAGUAUGAUGCAAAAAUGUAGGGAUCCCCCGUUUCACCCAGUUACUCAGCCUCCUCCAGCUUUCUUUUGGGAGCUCAGAUUUUUUUACCAUUGAACCUCUGCAUCAUCAAUAAAUAUUAUUCUUUUUCCAAGUUUUGUAUUUUUUAUGUAGUUGAGAUGAUUGAUGAGUUAAAUUUCAUAUAACUAAACCGUAUUUAGUGGGAUUAAAGCUUCAUGAUGACGGUGAUAGUUGCAGCGGCAUUUGUGGGUUUACAGUCUCUGGUUGGUACUUGGGCUGGUGAAGGUCAUGUUUGCCUGGUAAAACUAAGCGAAUUUUCUCAUACUAGCUGCCUUGGAAAGUCUUAAAUUGAUAAUAUGGUAAUUGUGACUCAAAAUUUUAAUUUA